AUGUUUGCUUGCAACCAGUGCUCGAAGGCGUUCAAGCGCAAAGAUCAUCUGAAACGGCACAUGGUGAACCAUAGCGACACGAAACAUGUUUGUACACGUUGCGGUGCGCCCUUUCGCCGCUCAGAUUGCUUGAAUCGUCAUCUGAAAAGACACAAGGAAAAAGAUAUUGAGGCCGGUGGAGAGGGGCUCGGAGAGCUUGUGACAAGACGGAAGUUCUGGAGCCCUCAAGAAGGAUACACAAAACGCGUUAAAGGAGAAGACAGUGGCAGCUCGCCGGACUCGACAGACACACGGCUCUUUUCGAAAAACGACAGCGACACAUUCACUGAAAGCCACAAUUUUGAAGCUACGCUCGAGCCAGAACUGCUCAAGCUCAGUCACAAGUCCAGCACUGUGUGGAAUAAAUACAAUUUUGAGUAUCCCAGGGUGGACUGCUCGAUGCCGGCCUUGGACCAGCCAACAGUGGAACGUGUCCAGCGGUUUGUCCGGGGCUUGUGUGAGACAGAAAAAAUGAUGCUUGAGACGGUUAAUUCCUGUGGGAUUUUGGACUCGUCUUCCGUGCAGAGGUCACUGGAGAACUUUUUCUCCGGCUUCAAUCUCACCUAUCCCUUGGUUCACGUGCAGAGUUUCACUACCGAGAGUAUCUAUUUGUUGACAAGCCUUGUUUUGGCAGGAUCUUGCGCAGAGUAUGCCAUAGCUACUAAGCUGGUUGCGAUCUUUGAAAAACGGCUCUUUGAGCUCCCAGGCCUGCUGGGGGGCAACCUACAGCUGGUCCAAGCCUUGAUUGUGUGCCAAUUUGUGAAACUGUUCUUUGGCGACAAGAUGCAGCACGAGCACGCUCUUGCUUUUAGUGGAGUGGUCACUCACAUUCUGCGUGAAAAUGGGCGCCGCUCAAGGCCAGUGACUUUUAAUGCGGCCCUGCAAGGGUAUUUGAGUUCCAAGUAUAAUCUGGUACCUACUGAUGGUCCUCAGAAACAGAUUUUGUUGCAUGGAAUACUGAGCGUUUUCUUGGACCACCAAAAAUCGAGUCCUGGCUUCAGCGAUAACAGCUGGAAAUUGCAGAUAUUGACGGCACUCGAGAAAUGGAGCGAUGAUUUCAGCCGGUGGCCGAGUUCGAUGAACGAAACCGUCAAAAGCGAUCCGGUAUUCAUGCAGUUCACAACUUCGGUCGGAGCACUCUACCGGCACGCACAUUUGCUACUUUCGACAAACCUCGCAUCGCCUAAGAAACUGCUGCCAAUAAGAGACUCGACCUUUGCAGACACAAGAACAGCGGUCUGGCAUGCCUCGCAAAUGAUCAUUGAGGGAUAUCUGAACUUGGAUUACUGGCAAGCCGACGGCUGCUUCCAUUACGAUUGGUGCCUUUACACGGCCGUUAUGGUUAUAUGGAAUCACUUUAAGGGUUCAGGUUCGACAGAUAUGGCGAAGGUUCUUCUCAAUCUUUCGCGCAGAACGCCCCAGGACAUCAUGGGCCCACCCAUUGAUGCCAGACCAAUUAUGGAGCACUUGCAAAAGAAACUCGCACAAAGUUCUAGUCUUGUCUUGAAAAACGUGGCAAAGGAUAUGGUGUAG